AUGAAGGCGGCGGUCGCUCAAUGCAAGGUGACGCCGUACGAUCGUCAAUGGCCGUCCGAGCAAGAUUGGGCCGCGUUGAAUAGGAGUAUCAACGGGGUCCUGAUCAAAUCCGCCCCGGCUGCAUCAACCUGCUGGCCUGGCAACCCCCUGAAUUCGAACGUGGACUGCACCGCCGUCAAAUCCGGAUGGACGGACUCCCACUUCCACCGGUCUCAACCGGAGAGCGUCGCGUUUCCGAUCUGGGCCAACAACAGCUGUAUUCCGCCUGACAGCACCGGUUACUCGGAAGAUCGAGGAUGCACGUACGGAGGAUAUCCGCGGUUCAUCGUCGAUGCAUGGUCGGAGGAACAGAUCGCAACGGCCAUGAAAUGGGCCGCCGACCGGAACAUCCGCAUCGUCGUCAAGGGCACGGGACAUGACUUAUACGGACGUUCCGUCGGUGCAUACGCCCUCUCUAUCAUCACGAGGAAUUUCAAAAGCAUUCGCUACGAUGCCACCUGGACGCCCCGUGGCGGUGGUCGGAACCAGGAGUCCUACAAUGCCAUGAUCGUCGGCACAGGGCUGACGUGGGGCGAAGUCUAUCAGGCAGCGCAUCGCGUCGGGCGCGUAACUGUGGGUGGUGGUACGGCGUCAGUCGGUUUAGGUGGUCAUCUAGGCGGCGGAGGCCAUGGCCCUCUCAGUUCCUCCCAUGGGAUGGCUUCCGACAACGUCCUGCAAGCAACCGUCGUGACGACUACCGGAAAAGUCUAUAUCUGCAACGAUCACAAGAACACUGAUUUGUUCUUCGCAAUUCGAGGGGGUGGGCCUGGUGUUUACGGUGUUGUCACUGAAUAUGUGAUCAAGACCUAUCCCACGCCUCGAGUGACCACUUCUUCGCUCAUGGUCAAAGCAACCGCGGAUACCAACUCCAGUAUCGCUGCUGCUUGGAAGGCAACAGCAAUCAUUGCUGGCAAGUUGCCGACUUGGAUGGACAAAGGUAUUGGAGGAACCUAUUACUCUGCGCAAGGGUUUCUGGUCGGGCAGUUCGUUCCUGGAUGGAAUGACACCGCCCAUGGCCCCGUCACCUACGUCGAUCUAUUCACCUUCGAUCACGAUACGGCAUACCUGGACUCCAUCGUUCAGCCCGUGGUCGAUCAGCUCACGACCAUAUACAACAGCACCCUUAAGAUUACCUACGCGCCGCGUACGGAAUACCCCGAUUACUACUCCUGGUCUUCGACACACGAGAAUGAAUUGCCUGUAGCAUACGAGGCGAUGCAGUCCGGUCGUCUGGUUCGGAAAUCCAGCCUAGAAAUCCCCACCCCACAACUCGAGAACCAGAUUCGAGCGAUCGCGAAACCGCAGGUCGACCUCGUCGGCGCCGUCAUCGUCCUAACGAUGGUCUCCGGCAAAGGGCCCGCAAACGUCCCCCGCGAGCGUCGCGGCGGCCUGAAUCCCGCGUGGCGCCAGACGUACAUCCACGCGGUCGCGAACACGGCGAUCGUCAGCCCGGGCGAGCUGGUCCCGAGCAAGAAGCUCAAGGAGUGCGCAGCGUGGAUCAACGAGAACACGGAGCCCGAGUGGCAGAAAUGGGAACCCAACACUGGCGCGUACAUGCACGAGGCGAACGCGUUCCUGUCGACGUGGCAGAAAGAUUUCUUUGGCGAGAGCAAUUAUCCGACGCUCCGGAAUGUGAAGAGGCGGUACGACCCGAGCGAGAGCUUGUAUGUUAUGGAGGGUGUUGGGAGUGAGAGUUGGACCUCCGACCUUGAUACGGGCAAAUUGUGUCGAGCUGGACAGCCUGGACCACCGGGGUCAUCCGCAUCUGGACAACCGACUGGGCGACCAUCUGGACAGCCGUCUGGGCAACCGUCUGGGCAACCGCCUGCAUCGUCGCCAAAUCCUCCAGUAUCAUCACCAAGCUACACAAACUCUUCGUCGAGCAUCCUUUCACCGUCCUCACCUAGUCCUAGCGGGUCUUCGGGCCUUGGAUCGUCCGCACCCACCAGCUUCGCUCCGUCGUCACCAUCUCUCCCAGGGAGUACGCCAAUUUCUACUGUCCUAGUGGAUACGACGUCGCUCGCACCAGAGCCUACGAAAAUUAUAGUCCCCACUCCAAGCCAGCCAACAUCUACUUCUAGGGGAGGACUCUGGGGAUUCAUCGGCGGCUUUUUUGAUGGACUAUUUGGUGGAUGGUAG